UAUGUACAGAGGGUCUUCUAAAGUAACUUGCCUGAAAAAAGUUGCAUUAUUAGUUUUUUUUGGAAGUUGAAUGUGUAACUAUUUAAUAUCGGAGACGGUACCCGUAGAUUUUUUCGAAAAUACAAGAAUAAGACACUGACAUUUCUAGAUCUUUCGCGCUGAAUCUGUAGAAGAACUUCGAUGUAUAUCUUUCAAUGUAGAAAGGAUCCUGGGAGCUUCACUCUGAUGCUUACUAGCUUCAUUAUCUUUGUUUAAUAGUUCAUGCAAGGCAGCACCUUUGUUAUCCAGAAUAUGCAUCAAAACUGAAUAUGACGAAACCUGCUGCAAACAAAAUCGUUGUGUUGUACAAGAACCCAAGCUGCUGAAGAUAAUUGAAAUCAUGUAACCAUAUGUGAGGAAUUCAGUGACUCGUUCAGACCGACGAAUAUUUGUAUUGAACUCAAACGGAUGUCGUUGAUGGCGCAAGCCCAGAUGGUUAGGUCAAUGUAAACAUGUGUAGGUAUCAAGUAAUUCCUUACGCUGCUUCUUACGGAGUUCUUUCUGAGACCUUUGACAAGCUGUGGUAAAUUUAAGGGGGCUUAUUACAUUUGCGUAUCUUUUCAUCGUAUGCGUUAUAUAAGCAACAACAUGGAAUUUUUCGUGUGUCCCCGAUGGACAGCUAUGAUGAUAUAUGUUCUAUCAAGCGUAAACCCGCCGACUUUUUGAAAAAGCAAUAAAACCAAAGAUCCGCUAACGUUUUAGCCGCACCCCUACCAUUUCUGUUAUGUUUCACAUGUGUAUGCAUACAUUACAGUUAGCCAACACCUGUUACUAUGGCUGUAUUGCUAUCGUAUCACGAAGGUGUGGAAUCUUUCUUUUGGCGCCAAUCGUUACUGUAUUUUUCUGUUACCGGUACAAUAGCUGUUGACUUACGAAGCAAAAGUCAUAGCAAAGUGUCCCCGACACAGGUUACUUUUCGAAGUUGGACCACGACGAAAGCAAGUUCAGUUGGCCAUGGUAGAACUAUUGCAAUGCCUUUUUUUUAGAACGAAGAUGACUAAAAUGAAGAAAUAAAGCGGUAUUUUUGCUACUACUACUACUACUGUCGAUGUCCGCAGCUUCAUCAUGUGACAUCGUUCAAGAGUAGUUAUUGUUGCUGCCGAAGGAAGUUUGCUGCGAGCUACUAUAACAGUUUCAUAGGAAAGCACUGCUAUGCCAAGAGCACAGCAAAACUCAUGUACAAAGUUAGUUACGAAGCUUGACACUUAUAGGAAAGCUGGACUUCGACAAAUGACUGGCAGCACAACCAACAAAGUUUCAAUAAGACUGCCACAGUCGUCUCGUCGUCAUGGUCGGUUAUCGGACAGCUCCCGCAAUAACGGCUUGAUAAAAAGCUAUCAAUUCACGCCGUGUCUCUCGAAGAACGUCUGAACAGUUAACUUCUCGAGUAGUAAAAGCUGCAGCCACAGCAGUAGAUAAACUAUUAAUACCACUACAGCUAUCGCUGAAUAUGGCUAUGAAGCUAGAGGACCUCCAUUCAGUCAUAGCGAGUCAGGGAAAAGGGUCGUUGUGCUUCGGCCAAUGUUCGAAGUUGUGCUUCGUAAAUUGAAGUAACCAGUCAAGCUGGUGGACAAUGCUCUAUGGCUCAUAAUGGUAUAUAGCAUACAGGAAAUAUUAUAAUAUAUAACAGAUAUUGUAGGAAGAGAACGAUAACUGUCAUCAGUGGUAACAUGACACACAGCAGUGAAAAGAGCGAGCUUCUAUUUUGGCAAUCCUUGAAGUCAUGUUUUUCGACCCUUGAACAUCGGAACUUGUUAACUCAUCAAACACUCUACUACCGAAUAACAAAAAGAGAACUAUUAAGGGCGGACCGGAUAAUUCAUGUUCAUGUAGUACGCCUGUUCCCAUAAUAUCGCAGCGGUAACGUUUGAACCUAUUAAAUUCAGAAACUCGUGCAGGUCCAAAUUCGAAACCAGGAGUAGACACACCUCGUUUUGCACUGAGAGCCAGCCGUCUGAACGCUUAACGACAGUAUCGGACGUAAAACCCGAAAUGUUUAUAUAGUAGGUAUCAUUUGUACGAUACAGGUCAUCUGUACACAGACAUCGGUCUAUAAUGCCAAAAAAGGCGAUUCCGUGAACUCGUUCACACCAUAAUGAUAAUAACCGAGGCGAUAAAAAAAAUGUCUGCAUAGUACAAAGUAGUGUAGUUCCGGCGAUUAUGAAUCGAGAGCCAGCUGCGUCCGAGGUGGCUAUAGGCCCACGACAUUAGAAACUACAUUGAAAUCCGAUAGACUAUUCACUGAUAGCACCCGAAAGCUUCUUCCUUGAAAGAAAGUGGAUUCCAGAGCUGAACGAUUAAUAAUGGAUCCCAAUCUUUCGACAAAAGAAGUCGAUGUCCAAACUAAACAGGUCCCUGCGAAAGGCAACGAUUGUUCAAAAGACGUUGCGAACAUUGUCGGAGAAGUGAGGAAUCACCACGCUAAUGUGAAAGCAGCGCAGCACAGCAAGGCCUUCUCAGGAACGGAGGAGUCAGUGCUCAAAGAGCUUGAGGUUUCAGGUGACCAACUGCCAGACAAAGAUGAAGAGCAGGAUACAACGGACGAAACUAAGAGAGAUGAAGUCAAUGACAUCGAGCACAUAAAGGCUGAAAACCUCGAGGAAUUCAUGUUAAGGCCAAAAAGAAUUUCUCGAUUGUCUUCAGCUGACAAACCUCCUGAGGAUCCUAAAUACAGCUUUUUAUUUGACCCGGAACGCGACGGCAAGGCCCCCUAUGCUAAAAAGGAUAAAAACAGGGCAAAUACUGCGUUUGGAAGAUCAUCAGGGGACAAGGAUAAUAGAAAACAAGGAAAUGAAAAUAAGGAUCAGGAUGCAAAGGAAGAAGGACGAAAAGAAUACGGAAGAUUUGAAAAGGGUUAUAACCGAAGUGGCAAAUACGUCUCUCGUAUUCCGUCUGCUCGUCGCGCUGGUGGUGGCAUAAGUAAACUUUCAGAAAGAGAUUUGAGACACAAGAUCGAGGCCCGCAGAGCAUACGAGGAUUUGGUGGUCGAGAGACGAACUUAUUGUGAGCCUCGGGUCGAUAGGCAAGGCAUGCCCUUUAGUCGAAAUUCACGUUACCGGAGUAAUUAUCCCACAACACAUCAACGUAACAGGCGACUACCGCAAGGACCUGACAAGGAUGGUAAAUGGAGCCAUCAGAAAUUCUUCGAACUCUACGGCGAAGAACCCAAGUGUCCGCGAAGUGGAACUCGACCUCGAGGUAAUCGAAAUGGAAAUCAACAACAACAGCACAAAAGGCCUCGAGAUAACAACAAUGGAGGCAGUGGCGGCAAUGCUAGCGGGAGUUACAGCAGAGGCAAUAAUGAGAGUACCAACAACAGCAGUUACCAUCAAGGAGACGGUGGUCAGAAAGGGGGGCACAUGAACACAGGCAACAAUAACAACAACCACAACAGUUCAGGGGGUGGCAUCAAAGGCGAUGGAAACGGCCAUCAAAAAAAGAACAACUUACAUUUUUUAGGUAAACGCAGUAACGAUCAGAACUUUUGCGAUGGGAAUAACAGUAACAACAACAGCAAUAGCCGAUCCAAUCGCAAACAUAAUAGCAGCGGCGGCAGACUGGAACAUCAAAACGAUGAUGAUGGCCAUCGCGGAUAUCGAGGAGACUCGAGCCGUAGCAGUUUUCGAGGACGGGAACCAUUCAGGAAGAAUCAUGAUGCCAAUAGCCAUAGCAAUAGUGUUAUUAAGAAGGGCUAUAGAAACCAUAGCAAUAAAAAUAAGAACAACGGAGCUGCUAAUCGAAAUCAUAAUAGUGACAAGAGAGAAAAACUUCGAUUUGCCGAAACUCGACUCGACCUGCUUCGUGCUUUGAAUGAAGCCAAUCAAAUGAUUAAGCACGUUGCCAAUAGAGGGCCUCAGGUUUCAAUAGUGGCUGCAAACUAGAAACAAUGAACGUUACAUGGUUUCUACUUGCGCGUUUUUUAUGAGCAGUGUACAGAUGAUCUUUCGUCUGCUGCUUUUGCUCGUUACGUGAAAAAAUAUGAUAGAACAAGUGUACUAUUGAACGGUUCCAAUGCAGCGGACUGAAAUAGUUUUAUGUAUUACAAUAGUGAUGUGACAUUUAUCACUUUUCUUUACAUUUGUAAUAAUGGGUCUGUGAAGUGUAUGUAGGUUAGGUGUGAGUAAGAACAACAAACCCUGUAAACGUUGAUCUAAACAAAUUUCGUUAUGUUUAUACAUCAUUUUCGAUUAACCGCACUCAGUCGUGCAGUGUUGUUCACUCUCAUUUACGAUUGCUAAACUUGUUAAGCUUUUUUUUUACCCAUUCAUUAUUUAGCACAAGCAUGUUUGUUGACAGAUAAAUAUGUCUAGCACAAAAAUCAGAUAAACCCAAAUGACCUCCAGAAGAUGCUUUUCUACACUCACAUAUAAUAAUAUACACAAGAUGUAUAGACAUUAUUUAGUGAUAUCUGACACAUACUGACACACCGAUUAGCCGAACCUCCAAGGAACUACAUCGCGCAGUCAUGUAGGAAGCUUUCAAAGCAAAUCGAGCACCGUCACAAACUAGGUAUCUCAAAGCUAAAUUUGAUUGGCUUUAAGAUUAAAGACAUUUAAAAAAUAUAUAUAAUAAUACAAUGUUAAUGAAAAAUUAUUAUUAUCGCUAGUAUUGAAAAAGAAAGGUAUUUAUUAAAUAAUUUAACUUCUGACAGUCACUUACUAUAAAAAUCUAUCAAAGGUACACAACAGUUCACAAGCAUAUAUAGAUCACACGCUGAUGUUAUAAUGAACGUUUAAAUUCCGCAAUACUAUAUUCCGUUGCAAACUAAACAGAUAUUGUGACCAAUAAGAGUUCGGCAUUUCCGCCGACUUCUUAACUACGCUCACAACUAACUAACGCGUCUAUCAUAGUAAUUUACGGGUGAUUUUAGGAGAUGUUGCCUAUUCAUGUUGCAGUGUUAGGGGUUGAGGUAAGGAAUGUAUUAUGCAAACAAAAAAAAAUGUACAUGGAGUUAGUGCCGUACACCUAUAUAAAUAUAUGAUCAUAUUAUAAAUAUAUGUAUUCUCACAGAAAAUAGAUCAAGUCGAGAGUAGACAACGUACUCAAGAAGAUUUUCGCAGAAGGCCUCUUGCCCUACGAAAAUUGACUGAUUGUGUACACUACCAAAGUCAUCAGAAUGUGAUGCUCCCGUACCAGUAUUGCUUCCAAUAGCAAUCAGUUUUUUUUUUUACUUACAAUGAUUAUAUAAUCGAUAUGGGAAUCCAGUUUGAGUGCGUUACCGCAGCUGUAAACAACAAAUAGGCAAAUCGAACCCUCUUGUGUAUCCAUUAGGUAUUACUAUAAUACAGGUUAAUUUUUUUCUAUUAUCUUUGCAAUUACCGUUACUCAUGGAAAAGGGAUAUAACAUAACUUAGAAUGCAUUGAUAUGGAUAUUGUGGCGUUGUUACUAAUUAAUGAGUUCUAUCAACGUAUAACGGGAUGUACAUGAGUUUACUUUUUUUGAAUUAUCUGCAAUGACAACAUUUUUAAUUCUUUCUUCUUCCAGUAAUUAGCCCCUUUCCCAAAUGAUAACAUUUAAACGAAUUCAUUUUGCCCUAUUCUAAUAAUAGGUUUUGAAAUUAACAGAAGCAAUGAAUUUUCAUACGCUCUGCACGCGCGCAUCAUACAAAAAAUCGGGAAAUUAUUGUAUAUGUUUACACUGUCUUUAUGACCCUCAUAUUUCGAAACAAAACGAAAGCAGGUUUUAUGUUCAUCCUGUGUAUAUAUUGCGGUUCUCACACAAACCAUGUCCGUCUAUAAAAAGCAGUGAGAUUUAAAUAAAGUAGCCAGUUAAUCCAUUCCU